UUGCGACCAUCCUACUUUCGCUUCUAAACCUUCAACCGACUUUUGAAUUUUGCCUUUACAAAUUUGAAGAACAUGCAAUCAUUCAUCGAGUAUCGACCUGAAGAUAAAUUGAUGACCUGGGUUUUCAAGAUACAUGAUCUAUUGUGAUACACUGUGAACGACACAUUGUAUUUUCAGAUCAGCUGAAACAUGGGAAGAACGAAAAGACAUCGCCUUCGGAAUCGCGCUAAUGCUACGGAGAAACCCAUUAUCGUGUCGUCCGAGCUGGCCGAGCUGGUGGUCUGGAUGCGGCGCCACCGGUGGUCGGGACCGGGCCCUCUGAGGCCGGCCCUGUUCCCGGACACGGGCCGCGGCCUGCUGAGCCGGCGGCCGCUGCAGCCCGGCGCCACGCUCGUCUCGAUCCCGCUCUCGCUGCUGGUCAGCUCGGCGACGGCGCUGCGCUCCGAGCUGGGCGCGGCGCUGCGGGCCGCCCGGCCGGCCAUUUCGGCCCAGCUGGCCGUCAGCCUGUGGCUGGCGCUGGAGCGGCGGCGCGGCGCCGACUCCGGCUGGCGGCCGUACCUGGCCUCGCUGCCGAGCGCCUACACGACGCCGGCGUACUGCGAGCCGCGCGAGCUGAGCGCCGAACUGCUGCCGGGGGCGCUGCUCUCAGCGGCGCGCGGUCAGAGGCGGCUGCUGCUGCGGCAGCUGGAGCGCGCCCGGCAGUUGCUGCGCCAGACAUCAAUCCCGUGUACGGCCGGCUGGGAGAUCUCCGAAGAGGAGUUCCGUCACGCCUGGUUCACGGUCAACACGCGCGCUGUGUUCCUGGACCCGUCACACGCUCCCGGGCUGUUCUCUGAGGACAAUCUAGCGCUGGCACCGUUCCUCGAUCUGUUCAACCACUCUCCGACAGCGAAUAUGAGCAGCCGUGUCGUCGGAGAUCACUAUGAGCUCGUCACCGAGGACCGUUUCUCCGCUGGCGAGCAAGUGUUUAUCAACUACGGCCCGCACGACAAUCUGAGACUGCUGCUCGACUACGGGUUUGUGGUACCGGGUAACAGCCAGGACGCUGUGCCGGUGCCGGCCGAGUGGGUGCCCCUACCGGCGGCGGUUCGGGACGACUCGCCCUCCGGGGACUUAACCGUCGGCCGCUCGGGCGUCUCCUGGGGUCUGGCAGUCCGCCUGUACCUGGCUGGUCUGACGGCGGCUGAACGGGCUGCCGGCCGCGCCGCAGAUGUGUGGAGACUGGCUCCAGAGGAGCUGACGGCGCCGUCGGCGGUGCGCCGCACGCUGGCCGCCCUGCUGGUGCGUCUGGUGCGGCACCUGGAGUCGUGUCUGGCGGCGCAGCGCGCCAUGACGGCGCCCAGUGACGCGCUGCGGGUCUGCUCGGCGCUGCUGCGCGAGUGGCUGCUGGUGCUGCAGGGCCACGUAUGGGAGCGGGGCCGGCGGCCUGACGCUGACGGUGUGGUGCGGUCCGUGUACGGUACGCGGCUGGGUGAUGUCGUCACCGUCAGUGCUACUCGGGAAAAUGGCGAGGAGUGCUACAUGGUGGAAAAGGCUGCAGUCAAACCUUGAAGGCUAGUGAAAUGUCUCAGUGGUGACGUAAGUUGGUGCUAAAGCUGUGACAUUGUUUCAAUACUGUUCCGUGCAUGUACAUCCGUGACGACACAUAACCUGUUUUUUUUUUUUUUUUGCAUGCAUUUGCUGUGAGACAUAUGUCGAGAUUGUUACAUUCAUGACUGUUGUUAGACUCCAGCAACCGUUUUUGCAAUAUAGACUGC